AUGCAAACGGUGAGUAAAACUCGUGAAUAUCUGGAACUGGCGACGAUUAAUUGUAGAACGAGAUCCUUGAAAUACUCUGGCCGGUACAAUUACGGACUGUGGACGAUCGAGCCAAGUAUCUUGAGCAUUAUCGGAUAUACCGUGAUCAUACCAGUAGUUUCCGCACUCGGAAUAAUCGGAAACUCCCUGAUCCUUGUGGUCCAUUUGAAAGCGAAGACAUACUUGAAAGGGUCAGCAUACACGUAUUUAGCAGUGCUCACGACUUCGAAUCUCAUCACUUGCGUCCCGCUCGUUUUCUCCGGUCUGGUCAGAGGCAUUUUUCGUUGUCGAAAAGGCUGAUUGAAAUUCGACGCGUUCGUUCACUUUCCGAUCGGCUCUAUCAUCACAGUGUGGCCCACCAUGCCGCGAUGGAAAUCACCUAGAUUCUUCAGGCGGGAGAUAACGCGCAACCUGAUGAUCUUCGUUACCUUCUUCGCCAUUUUGAUCAACAUGUACUGCUUCAUGUACAAGUACAACGAGCGUGGGGAGCUGGUAACGACCAACUUCUUUCACUCGCGGUGGUUCAAUCUUCAAACUUGGCUUCAAUCCAUAAUAUUUGGUCUGAUAGCCGCAUAUUUGCUUAUCGCAAAUCUCAUUAUGAUAUAUUUGGUGAGGAGGGCUCCUCAAGCAGAGCGAGAUGUUGAAAUUAAAGUAAAAACAUAUGCAAAGGAAAUCGUUUGCGGAGUUACAGGAUCAAGGCUGAUGAUUAUGCUGGUCGGCAUCGUAUUUCUGUUUCUUGUGGGCGAACUGCCAACUCAUUUGGCGUCGCGACGCAGCGCCGUGUCUCUGCUUUAAGGCAGUGAUUCCUUCAGAUUUCGGGAGCAUUUUGUUGUAUAUUUCUGCAUGUAGGCGACUCUUCUCAACGUGCUAGCGAGCUCGACGAACUUCAUACUUUAUUGUGUGCUGAGUCCACACUUUUUCGAGUAUUUAAAACGCAUAUUAGUUCCGGAACGUACUGUGAAAAGGAGACAUGAUAGGAGAGAACCGCUUACUUCCAUCAACAACCAGGCAGCAAAGUGA